CUGGCAACCCUGGGACGUGCCGCGAUUGACUAAAACACCGGAAACGCGGUCAGACUUUCCGCACGUGCUCUCAGGCAACACAAAAUCUCUCUCAAGUUAAACUCUUAAGUUUGUUUCACAUAUUUUUAGCGAACCAUGACGAAGAUAAAGAAGGAGAAAACUGGUGAAGAGGAGACUGGGGGAACAGAGAAAUCAUAUCAAGAAUUAAUAGCUAAUGUAAACCCAAUCGCAAACCCGCUUGCAUCGCGUAAACUAAGCAAGAAGCUCUACAAGUGCGUCAAAAAAGCGGCUAAAAUCAAACAGAUCCGACGAGGAGUAAAAGAGGUACAGAAGUUCAUCAACAAAGGAGAGAGAGGUAUUGUGGUGUUUGCUGGAGACACUCUUCCAAUCGAGGUGUAUUGUCACUUACCAAUCAUGUGUGAAGACAAAAACAUGCCUUAUGCUUACGUGCCAUCUAAAGUUGAUUUGGGUUCAUCAGCUGGAUCAAAGCGUCCCACCUGUGUUAUCAUGAUCAAACCACAUGAUGAAUAUCAAGAAGCCUAUGAUGAGUGUCUGGAGGAAGUCACGUCUCUGCCAAAACCAAUCUGAGGAUACUUGGAUGUUUUAUUUGAGUUUUUAAAAGAAUGUUUGAAUGUAUCAAAUCAGAUUAGAAUGGCUGGAGGGACUUCAUGGUGUUGGUGUUCACCAGUGUAUCUCUCAUGUCAUGUAGAGACUGAACCAAAUUCUGGAGCGACUUCUUUUUGCUUAAAGAAGCACAAAAGUAUGAUAGCAGUUAAUAUGACGUUGCGUGAGUUCAUGUCACCUGACAGUGGAUGGAGCUGUUGUGUUUCUCAGUGUUUGACACUAUUGAUCUCUGAAAUGUUUGAUGUAUUGAUUGGUUUAUUUUUCAUUUUUCAUAACCGCUUCGGGGUAGUGGACCCCAAAGAGCUCCAAGAGAUGUCAAAAUAAACCUUAACUCUU